GUUGUUCCCCAGCCCUGGCUGGCGGGCAGCAUGGUUCACUCCAGCAUGGGGGCUCCAGAAAUAAGAAUGUCUAAGCCCCUGGAGGCCGAGAAGCAAAGUCUGGACUCCCCAUCAGAGCACACAGACACUGAAAGAAAUGGACCCGACAUUAACCAUCAGAACCCCCAGAAUAAGGCUUCCCCAUUCUCUGUGUCCCCAACUGGCCCCAGCACCAAGAUCAAGGCUGAAGACCCCAGUGGUGACUCAGCCCAGGCAGCACCCCCGCCCCCCCAGCCGACUCAGCCUCAUCUGCCCCAGGCCCAACUCAUGUUGACAGGCAGCCAGCUAGCUGGGCUCACUGCGCUGAUGCCUGCUCAGCAGCAGCUGCUCCUUCAGCAAGCCCAGGCCCAGCUGCUGGCUGCUGCCGUGCAGCAGUCCAGUGCCGCCGCCGCCAACGCCGCUGCCGCUGCAGCCGCUGCCUCCUCCACCUCCUCUGCCUCCUCUUCUGCCUCCUCCUCCGCCUCGCAGCCCCCAGCCUCCUCUGGGGGAGGUGACCUGCCACCAUCUCAGCCUGCCAGCCAGCCCCCAGGGACCCCACAGCUCACCUUGUCCCAACCCAUCCAGCUCACAGCACAGGACAUACAACAACUCCUCCAGCUCCAACAGCUGGUGCUUGUCCCCGGCCACCACCUCCAGCCACCUGCUCAGUUCCUGCUGCCACAGGCCCAGCAGAGUCAGCCAGGCCUGCUACCGACGCCAAAUCUAUUCCAGCUACCUCAGCAAACCCAGGGAGCUCUCCUGACUUCCCAGCCCCGGGCUGGACUCUCUACACAGGCUGUGACUCGCCCCACGCUGCCCGACCCGCACCUCUCACACCCGCAGCCCCCAAAAUGCUUGGAGCCGCCAUCCCACCCGGAGGAGCCUAGCGACCUGGAGGAACUGGAACAAUUCGCUCGCACCUUCAAGCAACGCCGCAUCAAGCUGGGCUUCACGCAGGGUGAUGUGGGCCUGGCCAUGGGUAAGCUCUAUGGCAACGACUUCAGCCAGACGACCAUUUCCCGUUUCGAGGCCCUUAACCUGAGCUUCAAGAAUAUGUGCAAACUCAAGCCCCUCCUGGAGAAGUGGCUCAAUGACGCAGAAACUAUGUCUGUGGACUCAAGCCUACCCAGCCCCAACCAGCUGAGCAGCCCCAGCCUGGGUUUCGACGGGCUGCCGGGGCGGAGACGCAAGAAGAGAACCAGCAUCGAGACGAAUGUCCGCUUCGCCUUAGAGAAGAGUUUUCUAGCGAACCAGAAGCCUACCUCAGAGGAGAUCCUGCUGAUCGCGGAGCAGCUGCACAUGGAGAAGGAAGUGAUCCGCGUCUGGUUCUGCAACCGGCGCCAGAAGGAGAAACGCAUCAACCCCUGCAGCGCCGCCCCCAUGCUGCCCAGCCCGGGAAAGCCGACCAGCUACAGCCCUCACCUGGUCACACCCCAAGGGGGCGCAGGGACCUUACCACUGUCCCAAGCUUCUAGCAGCCUGAGCACAACAGUUACUACCUUAUCGUCAGCUGUGGGGACGCUCCACCCCAGCCGGACAGCAGGAGGGGGUGGGGGCGGGGGCGUAGCCGCGCCCGCUCUCAAUUCCAUCCCCUCUGUCACUCCCCCACCCCCGGCCACCACCAACAGCACAAAUCCAAGCCCUCAAGGCAGCCACUCAGCUAUCGGCUUGUCGGGCCUGAACCCCAGCACGGGAAGCACAAUGGUGGGGUUGAGCUCUGGGCUGAGUCCAGCCCUCAUGAGCAACAACCCUUUGGCCACUAUCCAAGCCCUGGCCUCUGGUGGAACCCUGCCCCUUACCAGCCUUGAUGGCAGCGGGAACCUGGUGCUGGGGGCAGCCAGUGCGGCCCCAGGGAGCCCCGGCCUAGUGACCUCGCCUCUCUUCUUGAAUCACGCUGGGCUGCCCCUGCUCAGUGCCCCGCCAGGCGUGGGCCUGGUCUCAGCAGCGGCUGCAGCCGUGGCAGCCUCCAUCUCCAGCAAGUCUCCUGGGCUCUCCUCGUCUUCUUCGUCCUCAUCGUCCUCCACUUGCAGUGAGGUGGCAGCACAGACCCCUGGAGGCCCAGGGGGACCCGAGGCAGGGUCCAAGGCCGAGUGAGAGCCCGCCAGGCCUCCCCUCCUACUUCUCUCACUCCCCCGACAUUGGUUCCCCACCCAAGAAGGGGCGAGGAGGCUGGUGGGGGAUACAGUGGAUCCUGGGAGCAGGAGUGACAAAGGAGGAAAUACCAAAAAUCAACCAAAAAAAAAAAAAAAAAUUAAGAGAGAAAAGAAAAACCAACAAAAGAGAAAACCAAAAAUAUUCACAACAGAAACCAGCUUCCCUAAAGGAACCAGAGAUGAAAAACAAACGAACAAAACAGCCCCCAGACCAACCAAACACCCCCCCCCCCAAAUCAAACAAACCAAAAACCAGUUGCGAGCCAGAUCUUGGAGUGCUCACUGCUAUGACACCAAAUAAGAACCCUCAGCCAGGAGCGGAGCAGCCUCCAGCAGGUCGGACCUCAUGCGGCUGAGCCCUGGCUGUGGGGCCAACUCCUAACCUUACCCCCCGCUGGGGGUUGGCAGAGAAGGAACUAGAGAAUGUGCUGGCUUGCUGGCCCAGCCCCAGCCCUGGGCCAAUGGAGACAGGGCAUUGCCUGGGGCAGGAGGCCCAGGGCCCAGAGCCACCUGCCAAAUGGUCUUUUCCAGAAAGCAAGAGGAAGGACCGAACAACCUUACACCAAAUAUUCAGUAGCUUCACCCAAAGGAUGUACAGAAUUUUUAGCGUUGUGCUCAACAGAAUGUGUCCCUUCCGUGUGUUCCCCUGCCCCCCAGCUCUCCCCGACAGGGCAGGGGGUCUUGCUUUAAUCCCCCAACCCCCAGCCUGGGGAGAGUUCAGAGGAAGGCCUGGGUAUGGGCUUUUUGUUCCCUGUACCUCUCCUCUCCCUUUGAAGGGUGGGCUAGGCCUUUUUUAAUUUUUUUAAUUUAAUUUUAUUUUUUUGCCAAGUUCCAGCUCUCCAAAGCCCUCCUCGGCUCCAUCACCCUCCUCCUCUGACUGGGAAGGUGGUUGUUUCAAGCAAAGGGCGAUGAGGUGAGAGCGUCCAAGUUGUCUUUCUUUCCAUCUUGUCUGUCAGUUUCCCUGAAAAAAAAAAUCAUAUUCCAGUGCCUAUCCGUGGAAUCCUUCACGUUCUUUAACAUUAACCAGAAACCAAAAAGAUCAACUCACCUCACUCCGCCCACCCUAUGCCCUUUCUGACACUGGCAGAUACCUCUCCCUUCUCUUCCCCAAUGCACACACGCACACACCCCAGUUGUGGGCUCCUCCGGAUGGCAUCUCCAUCAGGGUCCACAUGGUGGUGACAUUGCCAUGUCCUGUGGUUCCCCAUGCAAGAGGGCACUGUGGUGGCCACCACUCCCAUGAGACCUCCACGAGUCUUGGCUGGACCCUGUAUUUGCCCAUUCCUGGACAUAUCUCAACAGUGGACAGAGGGGAUGCUGCUGGGAGCCGCCUUGUCCUCCUUCUGUCGUGGAGGUCAACAAAGUUUUGAACCAAAAAACAAAACAACAAAAAACAAAAACAGAAAACCAAACAAACAAUAAAUUAAAACUAGAAAAAAGAAUUUAUAGAAAUAUAUAGAUAUAUAUAUAUAUGGGAAAGAAGACUAGGACUCUUCAAGACAAGAAGGAGCCGCAAGGUGGAGCCGAGCCCUGCACAGUGGUCCAGGCCUUUGGUCCCCAAGGCGGAUGGAACGAUGGAUGCUUCUUUCUCUUCACAAAUACCUCAUGGACGUCGUCUUCGGAAAGCCGGAGGGGGGCUGGGGGGGCCUGUCCCUCAGCCAGGGUGGACAGAAGCGGGUGGGUGGGGCUGAGAGAGGGUGUCAGGGACGAGGGUGAAGAGCCCCAAGCUCCCUCCCUGCCUCCCCCCAAUCAACUGAAAAAGCUUUAAAAGAAAAAAAAGGAAAGCAAAAAGAAUGGGUGAAGGAAAACCAACUGUUGGGUAGUUUGAUUCCCUCUUGGUCUCUGUUUCUGUUCUCUCUCUCUCUCUCUCUCUCUCUCUCUCUCUCUCUCUCUCUCUCUCUCUCUCUCCCCUUCCCUCCCUCACUUCCUCUCUUCGUUCUUCCCUCACAUCUCUUGAUAGCCUUCUUUCUGUAUCUCUCCUCAAACCAAAGUUGCUGUGAAGGACGCGAGCCAUUGAAAUCAGAGUGACCCCUGCCCCUGGCUAGGCAGGAGCAGAGGGAGGGAAGAGCUGGGCGAUGCCUCAGGGCUCCCCUUCCAUCCUAGACACUCUGAGGAGAGAGGCAGCCAGAGCCCCUAGGUCUCAGCGUUCUCUUUUCUUCUGGUCUCCCUUCUCCCACCCAGAAGCAAAACUGUCGGGCCGGGCCCCAGAGGUAGCAGAGACUCCAGACUAACUCGGGGCCUUGGGUGCCUUACCCAACCCUGGUGGAAAUGGUUGCCCCCCCCCCCACCCCACCAGGCACCAAUGGGGUUGGCACCUCGUCCACCUAUCCUCGCUGGAAUGUACGCAGCUCUGCUGAACCGACUCCCUGCCCUCACCCUACCUCUGAGUUUGUCCAUUAUACGUUCCUGAGAAGCGGCUAGCGAGAGGGCCUGGACCCCAACCCACAGCUGGAAAAGGGGCCAAGGGCUCCUGACCGGAUAGGAAGACAUUUGAACAGAGCAGAAUGAAGGAGUUACAACCAACCAACCAAACAACCCCCCAAAAACCCUCUGAGAAGACAGGCAGCAUGGAAGGCAUGGUGGAGAUGACUCAAACAUAAACUAUGAUUCUAGACCAAAAAGAAAAAAAAAAAAAGAAAAAAGAGAAAAAUCCAGGAUUCACCACCUAAUUCAUCCUGCUUCCUCCCUAUCGAGUCCCUACCUGGGACCUCUCCCUACUCCAGUGUGGAGGAGUGGGGCAAAAAGAGAGCAGGAAGCAGGGGGCAGGGACGGGCAGAUGCCCUGACAUUGGUGGAGGGGACCCCCAUGCACUGGGGGUGGUGGGGACCCUCCCCAUCCAACCCCCACACUGGGAAAUGAAAAACAAGGAAAAAAAUCCUGGGAGGGGAAAAAUAACCAAAUCCCAAGCUUUAACUACAGCUGUGA